AUGGCCGCCCCGUCAAGUCAAACGACGCAGCGACUCUUGCGCGAACUGAAGGAUUAUGCUAAGUCACCAAAUGAAGCUCUAUUGCAUCUUGGUCCGGUCGAUGAGGAAGACCUGUUACGCUGGGAGGCUGUUUUGAAGGGCGUGAACGGCUCUCCAUAUGAAGGCGGCCUUUGGCAUCUGCGCAUCGCUAUCCCACCCAACUACCCUCUCACUCCACCGACUAUUACUUUCACUACCCGUAUAUCGCAUCCUAAUAUCUCUUUCACGACUGGCGAAAUCUGCCUUACCCUCUUGACGACCGAGCAUUGGAGUCCUAUCUACACGCUUUCGACCGCCCUCACCGCUAUCCAGCAGCUUCUUACAGAUCCACAGCCCGACUCGCCGCUGAAUGUUGAUGUUGCGGCGCUGUUACGCGAUGGCGAUCUUCCUGGUUGGGAGAGUGUGGUUCGGUAUUGGACAAGUGAGGAGCGAUGGCAAGGAAAUGGGAAUCUCGUGGCGUGA